UGCGCAUGCGCAGCCCAUUUCGGCGGGAGAGCGGUCGGCGCGGACGGCUGCGGGAGCCGGCGGUCGGGCAGCGGCUGCAGGGGAGAGCGGUCGGCGAGACCCUGCUUCAGGAGUGGAAACUGCAGAAUUUUGAAAUGGCGGACAGGCUGAUGACAUACGAAACCCAGUUCUUUGGGUUUUCUCCUCAGACCUGUGUACUUCGAGUUCACAGUGGAAUCCAGGAUUCUCUCCUUGAUGUAAUGCUCGUUGUCGAACGCGUAAUCCUUAAGAAACUGAAAGAGCUGCCAGACAACAGCGUCACACCAUCUCAGCUCCGUGCCUGUACAGAGAGCUUUCUCCAGUUGAUGAAAGAGCGUUUGGACGUGAUCUUCGAAAGGGUUGAACAGGGAAUUUUGCAACAUAUUUUUUAUAUUCCUGAAAAUAUUCUGCUUCCUGAAGACAAUGUUCAGGACCAACACUUGUACACGGAGGAACAGUACCAGGAACUACUUUUGGAAAUCACUCAGCUUCAACACCGUUACAAAUGUGAAAUUAUAGCCAAGCAUGCCCUUCUUAGUGAGCUGGAAGAGCAAAAGAUGGCUGAGCUGAAACUGGAGCAGAGGAUUCACUGGUUGAACAGUUUGGACAAUACGUGGAAGAAUAAUGCAGUUAGCAGUGUUCCAGAGAGCCUGACCUUCGUUACUGAGUUGGCCCAAAAAUUACCAGCAUUGCUUGUGAAAAUCGAAGAGAAGUACAAGGAUGAAUUAAAGCACUUGCAAGCUGAGAGUGCACGAACAGAAAGUGAAGAAAGAAAUUGGAAGCAGCACAAGAUGUAAUGAAGUUAGAAGCAGGUGGUACAGUGGGGGAAUCUUUCACCUUUGGAUCAUGAGUCAAGCUGUAAGAUGAAGGGCUAUGAAAAUCCUGACAGCAAAAUAGACCAUUCUCAUUCUUGUCCAAAAUGCAAUACAAAAAAUUGCUUAGAUUUUGGCAUUUUAUGUGCUCUUGUUAGGGCAAGAAGAUGGGUAGUUUAGCAACUGGUAUGAGUGAUGUACAAAGUGUUCUUCUGAGAUCCUCCAGAUACUGAGCAGCAGUUUGAAUUCUUUUGGAGAUGUUAAGAAACUAGUUAUCUAGUGCAAAACUCAAUAAAGCUUGUUUUCUGUGGUUAAAA